AUGACGACUACUCUCCUCUACCGCUUGAAAGCUAGGUCUAAGAACAAUGUUACCGCGUUGAGAAAUUCUCCUUCGGCAGAGAUAUCAGGCGCUUUUGGUGAUCUUGGAACCCUUCUACCUCUGAUGAUUGCUCUUGCGGUCAACAAUUCAAUAUCACUCUCAUCAACUCUGGUAUUUUCGGGUCUGUGGAAUAUACUAACCGGUAUCGCCUUUGGUAUACCUCUACCAGUACAACCUAUGAAGGCUAUCGCCGCUGUAGCUAUUUUAAGAAAGUUCUCGAUCGAGGAAACAGUUUCUGCUGGUUACACUGUGGCUGGCGUGGUGUUAAUUUUAAGCGCUACGGGACUUCUUCGAUGGUUCACACAUAUGAUACCUACACCGGUCGUCAAAGGCAUUCAGGUUGGAGCCGGUUUAUCCUUGGUCCUUUCAGCUGGUUCAAGUCUUCUUCAACCUCUAGGUUGGACCUCUCCCAAUGCUGCCGAUAAUUUAGUUUGGGCAAUAUUUGCAUUCAUCGCUCUGCUGCUCACGCAGAGAUUCCCAAGGCUACCAUACGCUCUAGCCAUCUUCAUCCUUGGUCUUGUGUUAUCAUUCUACAUUACGGACUUUAGCGAUUUACCUUCUUUUAGAUUGUGGCAUCCUCAAGUCUAUGUUCCGUCUUGGACCUCGUUCAAAAGCGGGGCGCUAGACGCAGGUCUUGGACAGAUACCCCUGACAACCUUGAACUCCAUUAUCGCAGUCAACUUUUUGGCAGCUGAUCUCUUACCAAACAUUCCGGCCCCGGGCGUCACUUCGAUUGGCGUCAGCGUCGCACUCAUGAAUCUGAUUGGUGGGUGGUUUGGUGCUAUGCCCGUCUGCCAUGGCUCGGGAGGGUUAGCUGCUCAGUUUCGAUUCGGAGCUAGAAGUGGUGCAAGUAUAAUCAUACUCGGCGCAUUCAAAAUGUUCUUGGGGGUUUUCUUUGGCGAGACUCUUGUAGGACUUCUAAGACAAUAUCCAAAGAGUCUACUUGGAAUCAUGGUUGUAGCGGCUGGCCUAGAGUUGGCAAAGGUGGGAGAAAGUCUUAAUUACGGAGCUCGAGAUCUGUGGGACAUAUCGGAAUCGAGUCUUGGAUUAGACUCGGCUCAACCACAAGCGAUAAAACGCCAUAGACAACUUUCUGACGAGGAAAGAAAGGAGAGAUGGACGGUGAUGUUCAUGACCAUUGGAUUUCUGUUAGCAUUCAAGAAUGAUGGUGUGGGAUUUUUGGCUGGUAUGAUGUGUCAUGGUUUCAAUCAAUCUUCCAGGUUGUGGAAUGCCUGGGAAGGCUGGAGAACUAGGUAUGGCGAGAGAAAGACCCAAAGUGCUACGGCCAGUCCAGGAGAUGAAGAAGAACAAUUGCUCUCCGGCGCUUGA